AUGGAGGCAGAAGCAGCAGCAGCAGCAUCAGAAGCAGCAGUUGCUGCUAUCGAAUUCAGAAGGGGGUUUCCUCUGCAGCCUCCAGCAGCGCCACAAACGCGGUGGGGCUGCCUGCAGCUGCUGCUGUCUCUGCAGCAAAGCAAGAGCAGCAGCAGCAGCAGCAGCAGCAGCAGCAAUACCGCUUUCGAGGGACGCAACCUACCGCGUCUGACCCUCAUUGCGGCUGCAGCAGACAGCAGCAGCAGCAACUGCAGCGAGCAGCAGCAGCUGCCGCAGCCGCAGUGGGUUGAGGCCCUAGAAAUGCGGCUGGCGCUUCUCGUUGGCCGCCUUUGGAGCUCUCCGCUGUAUACGGGUACAAAGCUGCAGCAGCAGCAGUGGCAGCAGCAGCAGCAACAGCAGCAGUAG